AUGUUGUCCGUGAAUGCUGGCGUGGCCGAACUUCAAGAGAAACGAAGGAUAGGAUAUGCCGAUGCGGAGGGCGCGGGCUUCCUCAUCAACGAAGAAGACCUACCUUUUGAGCUACGCCAAGUCGGGGACGCUCUCAUACGACACGCUUCUGAUGGACCGUCUUAUCUCUCGACACCAUUACCGCUUGAUCCAGCUUCUUUCUCGAAUCACCAGACUUCGCCACAUCUCGCACGGAUCUCCACCCCAGUCCUCCGACACCGCCUCGACACCUACACCCAUGCCAACGCCGCGUUGCUCACGCGAAGUCGAAAACUAAAGGAGAAGGAUGGUCAACUCGAGCAAAUGUAUCGCAAGGUAGUGUCAUUGUGCACAAAAGUUGAAGAGAGCAGGAUCGAGGAAUGCUUGGAGAGUCUCGUCGCAGCUCUGGAUAGCGAAGAAGGCGAGGGCGUCGAAGUCGGUCGCGUUCGUGAAUUCUUGCGCAAGGUUGAAGGCGUCGAACCGUAA